UUUGCCAAACCAUUCGAACAUGUCGUGCAGAGGUCUUCGUGUUUAUUUGUUUGGGGCGCUCUCACAAAACAGCACGACUAUUUUAUGAUCUUUUAAGAAGCGUGUCAGCCAUCCAAAGCAGGUUAGCCAAACCUCAGUGAGCUAAAAGUGUGAGAAGUCGCGGUUUGCAGAGAAAGAAAGCCUAUAAGUGAGAGUUUGUGGUUGAAAAUAGCCUGCGGUGUACACAUACACUAUUGAAAAACCCGUAGUAAUUCAAAUAUGGAGCAGCCACAACCAGCUAAAGAAAACACUGAAGUUUCGACUGAGAAGUGUUAUAUUUGCCUGGGUCCAUUUGAAGAUCAAGCCGUGGGAACUCUUGAAAGUUGUCAGCACGAAUUUUGUCUUGAAUGUAUUCUCCAGUGGUCUAAGACUGCCAACACCUGCCCUGUGGACCGGACCACUUUUACCAUCAUCCACCAGAGAAGGCGGAUCGGAGGAGUCAUUCAGAAGAAGAUCAAAGUCACUGCACCUAAACACCUUGAGGAGUUGGAGGAGGAGCAUUUGGCUGUGAUCUGUGAAAACUGUGGCCGCAGCGACCGAAGGACCAGGAUGCUUCUGUGUUCCCACUGUGACUCUGGGUUUCAUAUGAACUGCCUCAGACCUGCAGUGAGCGAGCGACCAGAGGGCUCCUGGAUCUGUCCAGAAUGUGAAGCCACUCUCAACCAACCUGGUAGUUUUGCUGCAGAGGCGGACAUCAGUGAUGGAGAGCUGGAAGACAUUUUGUCUGAAGCUGAUGAGACGAGCAGCAGACUCCGCCCGUCCACUUUAAACCACAGCAGCUCUGGAUCAGCACGACACAGUGAGAGAGUCCAGACCAGGUCUAACAGAGACCCCACUGCUCCCCAGUCCAUAACGCGGGUGCCUAAAUAUUUAUUACAUACGUCAAGUUCCAACUCAACAACAGAUAAUACUCCUACUGCCAGUACUAGCACUUCAGAUGACAAUGAACCAAGAAAGCGACGGAGAACAUGACACCACACAGGAUUGCUGCGUCCUUGCACUUAUUGACCACAAGAUGGCGCCAUUCCUCCGCAACAGUUGAUUAUAGGUCUUAUGGCGUAUUUGCUGCUGCUGUUCUAGUUUUUUGCAGAAUUUAGAUGAAUUUUUUAUUAAAAGAUUGAUUGUUAGCUAUGUUCAGUGACUUUUUUGUUUUAUUAUUGUUUGAGUGAUAUUGUACUUGAAUAUCUGAAUUAAUCUGCUUUAUAUUAUUUUUUGCCUCUUUUCUAUUUUAUUCUGAAGUUAUGUUUGUAUAUGUUCUGAACUAAAAAUCUCAACAACUAA